UGCGACUAAACGGCUUAAGAGUCAUUCCUCGAAACAUUAAUUAACGAAAAACCGUAGACGCUCCACUCAAAACUGGGAACAACACCACACACAAUCAAAACACAGCAACGAGACAAUGAAGUUCCGUCCUCUUGCCUUUGACUACCAUGCCGAAGCAACACGCUUGCUAGUGGAUCAACAACGAGAGUCGCCGCCAACGAUUUGGGUUUUGCCACCGUCGAGUGACGAUGAAGAGUCAGACCACGAUGCACCGAACAGCGCUUCUGCCGACGACUCGUGCUCUUUGUCAAGUGCGAAGGAUCCUGUCGCUUCGACGACGAUGAUGUCUUCGGAAGACGUUGACUUUCCUUCACCAAGUGAUGUCAAACAGGCGAAAUCUCCUUCUCGAUCUACUUUCAGCGUAUUGAGCCAACAACCAGAAAUGGAAGAGGCCUACGAAAUAGAACAGUGUGAGGUGAAGCACGACGACGUCGCGUGCCUUCCUCCUCCAGAUUCACCAUCUACGACAGACACGUCAGGCAUGGAAAUCGAGGAGCAUGAACCUGCGCCAGAAAGCUCCAUGAAAACUCCGCUUCCAAAACUCGGAGUGGUGGUCGUAACAAACACGAAGGCAGCACCAAACGUUCGCGACGACGAUGAACACAGUGAUGCAGAGUUGUCCUCUGAGGACGAAGGUCCUGUUGAGACUCCACAGACUUUAUCAAAGAAAAACGAUGCAGAAGAAGACUUUAUGGAGGUUGACGCAGUUUGUGGCAAUGACGCUACAGAAUCUAUAGCACAACAAGAUUUGAUGCAGAUGAAAUCAGGCGUGGUGGCAGAUAUAGGUCACCAACGUCCUGCAAACAAAGCUGACUACGAUACCGGUAUGCCACAGAGAGUGUUACAAGUCUCCGCCGACGCUCCAAGUACCGCAUUGGUUCUCUACAAGCCGAGGCAAUGGAGUCUCAGUAACACACUUCCACAAUCGCACGCAACAACAUCAUCUGCAUCGUCUUCGAAUUUAUUGGACUUGAAUCAAUACAACAAUCAUCUCAAUAAGUCAAUGCUUGGUCAAUCCGUGAGCAAUCCAGUCAUGUGCAUCGACGCAAGUACGGCCCCAGAGGACGACCCCAUCGUCGUUUCGUCUUCGCCUCCCAAGCCAUCAAUCACGGGUGUAAGCUAUCGUCUUCCCAGCUUUAUGCAAUCCACGUUGGGUGCUUUUGUGCGACCCCGAAGUGAUCCUAUGCAGCGGCUCGAUACUCUGGCGGUUUCCGGGAUCAAAACGGCCCGUCUGGAUUUUGCAUCCCUCAAAGCAGGGCGCUUUGGAUCUGUCGUGAAGACGAAUCCAUCGCAAGACCAAAACUCCAUGCAACAGCAACCACUUGAUGUGAGUGAUGUGGAACCAGGUGUCAUUCUUCCGUACAGUGGUGGUCGUUGCCUUAUUCCCAAUGAGAUGCAAGGGGCAUUUCAAGCCGCUGUCUUUGCAGCAGCGGCAGCUUUGCAAAUGAACCAACAAUCCAUGCAACAAGGACCGGUACCAAGCGUAGUGACCGGUUCAAGAGUGGAGCAAUUGACUUGUGCAGAAACUGAAAGCAGGUUGUCGAUCGAAUCGCUGAAAGAAGCUCAAGCCACUGGAGCACGAGGCACCGCAACCGAAGGAUCGAACAGUAAUCGGAAGGACAGCAACACAAUUCUGGAACAGAGCAAACCUCGGCCGACUGUCACUCACACCAAAACCAUGGCUCGGGGUUUGACAGAGCAGCCAUCCCUACCUUCAAAGGCGUCGCCGCCACGGAGCUCCCAUACCGGUAGCGACCCCGAGCGUUCAAACAAGUCCAGUGUCAUUGAUACAACGACAAUUGCCAGCCGAGCAAAGCGAAAGCAUCAUCCCACCAUUGAAGCUGAGAUCUCUCGUGGCACCCCUCGUUCCGGAGAUGCAGGCGAUGACGCUCGAAAGAAACUGAAACAUACACGGACUGGCCAACGUGCAGACGAAGGCGCUCACGAGAAUACUCAGAGGGCAAUCCAUAACAUGAGACAUGGCAGUCCAGUAUCUGGCAGUGCGGAAGGACUGGUCAAUGAGAAUUAUUCCAGCAGCCCAUCAGAUCAGACCCAUCAACCAAAGACUGCACAUGAUGAUAGGGAACUCGGCGACCGGAAAUCUCCGGAAUGCAUCAACACGAACGCUGGUGUUACGGACCUGAGCAGGAGCCCGAGUAUCUUCGAAGUACUUGCGAGGCAGAACAGUGUUGCUCAUCAGGAGGGAACGGCAUCACGGGUCCUCCAAGAAAGUCCUGGAGGCUCAAGAGAGACCGGCAGUGGGGCCUCUCCUUUGGAUUCACGGAACCACAAGCAUGAUGGAAAAGGAAGAAGAAGUCAGAGUUCAACUGAUGCCUCGAGCAACCCGGUUGCCUCUGUAAGGACGCCUACGCCACCGCGCGAACUUGGGAGAAUCGCUGGCCAAGCACAAGUACCCGGAACAGUAUCGCAAUGCGAUGACAUCCAACAUAACGUCGAGCCCCGACACUGGAAGGAAACGCACCGAGUGCACCAACGACGCGAAAGCGACAAUCACAGAGACAACGAAGCUCGAGACAACCGACCGAACGUGCCGGACAAAGCAGCCCGCAAGGAAGAGAAAAAGAAGCGCAAACGAGAAAGAAAAGAGAUGAAAAAGGCAGAGAAAGCCAGAAAACGAGAACUGAAGCGGCAGAGGAGAAACAGCUUUGCGUCGACUACUGCGGUGAAAGAGGAACCGCUCGAGGAGGAUGAAGUAGUUUGUGUCGGAGUUCGACAGAAUCCAGCAGCAGAAGGACCAACAGGAACCAUUUCAGCAGCAGCAUCCGCUCCUGCAAUCCCGAAAGGGACCAUGUCUGCACAUGGUCAUGAACGAAGUUCGUUUCGAUCCCGUCCGUCCGCCACAACAGUUGAGGGGCAGAAACUCGCAGCUCUGAGUCCAGACCGACCCGACUACCCGAGGCAAAGAGAGAAGCUCAACACCACUGAAGUCACAAACAAGGAACGUCGCCUUCCUUCAGAACGCACUCCGAAUGAGCAACCGCGCUUCCCUGCUGCGUCGUUCGCAUCCAAACCCCAUCCAGGUGGAGUAGCACCAGUGCCUGUAUGGCAAAAGACAAUUGAGCCAAUGGGCUCUUCCCCAACAAACCCCGCCUUGGCCGAUGCCCGGGGAGGCAACAAUACGAUACAGACUGUCACGACUGUGCCACAUUUACAAGCACAACCAAGGGACAUCUUUGAGAAUCCUGCAAGAGUCGACGCCCGCGCUGCCCGUCUUGCCGCGCCUCAGAUACCGGCACCACCGAAGAUUCGAAGCCAGUUCGCCAGCAUGCUUCCAUUUGAAGUGUUGUGUAGUGAGAAAUUGAUUGAAUCCUAUGGCGAAACAAUAGCCGAUUUGGCAACUGGCAGGUGGGCUGCUACACUGUUUCGCGGUGCCCACAGAAUGCUUGACAACCCUGUACCCGAUACUGCAGUUUACGGAAGAAAGAUCGUAUUCCAGGACUCUCGAAUUGUGGACGGGCUCGGGGUCGAUGUAGAGCUUCCCGGAGGAAAUGCCAUCAUUGUUCAAGCACUCCCACUUACAAGAGACUUCAUCAAAAGAGUUAUCCGGGUAGGCGCCAGCGGGCGAUAUUUGACAAUGACCUGCAUUUUAUGUCAAGGAAAGGAAACAAAUGAUGCAGCAAGCCCUCAGAGGGUCCUGGAGCUCGUGAAUUCCAUCACCGGCGACUUCAGCUCAUCACCGGUGCAAAUUCAGGUGACAUCUACGGCUUCACUAUCGUGCUGCCUUGCUCAGAGCAUUUUGAAGCACGUUGCAGAGGGGGACCACGCCGGGUACCAAGGCGCCCUUCGUCUGUUGGGCAACGAGAACGUAUUGUACCGAGUCUCUUUCUUGGUUACCCUCCUGCCCUCCCUGUCAGUGGUGGCCGCAGUGAAUUGUAUCUGUAUCACCGGUGUUGGUCAAAACAAGAAUGCGAGGGAGCAGUUUCAACUUUUGCUUCGAAGCCAAGAUGAAAGAAAACGUCUUGGGCAGAUUGGCAACCUCAAGAAAGCAAUGGCCCAACUAUGUUGCGUCUUGCAAGUAUCGCUGGCACCAGCUUCCGUAGAUUGACUUAGUCGCUCGGACGAGAGUAAACGGUUCAGAACUCUUCUAAAGUAGUUAUCCAGUUCCUUUGCUCG